UCUUCGUCCAGUUUGGUUCUGCUGGGUUCAACCGUUUAUGGUGAGACAAACAUUACAGCUGAAUCUGGACAGAACGUCACUCUGCCAAGUAGAGCUGCUGAGAACAAACCUGUUAUUGUCUUAGAGUGGAGCAAACCUGAUCUGGGGGAAAAUAAUCAUGUUGCUCUGUACCGAGAUGAUCAGUUUAAUUAUCAUGAUCAGAAUCCAGCUUAUAAGAACCGAGUGGAUCUACUGGACAGAGAGAUGAAGGAUGGAGACGUGUCUUUGGUUCUGAAGAACGUGACGACUAAUGAUACUGGAAAAUAUGAAUGUAGAGUCGUUCAGAGAGAAGCUAGACGCAGGAAGAGAUCUCACAUGGAUCCUAAGCUCAUCACAAGCAUUACCCUGGAUGUUUCUGCUCCAGGGAACAAGGAUGAACAAAAGAAGGAUGGAGGGAAUGAGGAAGGAAAAGAAAACGAUGGAGGAAACAACACUGGACUGAUACCUGGUCUCUUAGUUCCUGUUGUUCUGGUUCUAUUUGCUGUUCCAGGUUUUCUGCUCUAUUACAAACUGAGACGUUCAUCACAGCAACAGAACCAGCCUCCUGCAGCAGCAGCAGAACUUCAGGCUAUGAAUGUUGAAAACCAUUCAGAACCUGAAUCAUGAACAUUGAGACAUUUUUCUAGCAGGAAGAGACUUUCAGCACUGAGACAGAAGAUAUGAAGUUCAGCUCCAACUGAUUCACUUCACCUGUUUCCAUCAGAGCUUUUACAGCAGAGGACGAACUGAAGAACAGAGAAUUGUAAAUAUAAACAUUGAUGCAUAAAAACAAUAAU